GGAGUGUGCGCUAGCCGGCGGAUGUGAUAUUCAGGGGAGUGCUGUAGCAGGGGGGAAUCUGACUCUAGUGGAACUAACGACGUUAGAACCAGGGCUGUGGCUGGGUCCUCUGUGGAGUAACGUUGUCGGGAGCGUCCUGAUUUCUGAGAUGACAGGGAAAGAAGGGAAGGCUUUACCUGGACAGGGGAGGACUAGGGGUGGUGGCAAGACCCGUAAGGGCGGGAACAGUUUUGACCAGUAUGAAGAGGGACAGUAUGAUGUGGAACAGGCCUCCAUCUUCCAGCCUAUACCUGAGGACAACUUGGGACACCGGCUGCUGCAGAAGCAUGGCUGGCGCGUGGGGCAGGGGCUGGGACGGAAGGAGCAAGGCCGCACCGACCCCCUUCCCAUCGAAGUAAAAGACGACCUACUCGGCGUUGGACGGAUGGAAAUGGAGAUGGAGCACGUGGAGGGCACCACCGAGAGACGCAAGAUGCUGGAGAUUGAGAAGGAGGAAACAGAAGAGCUGCGGCAGAAAUACAAGGAGAAUGCAGAGAAGGAGCGGGCCAUUGCAGAGGCACUGAAGGACCUGAAGGAUAACUUCUACUGCGAGCUGUGUGACAAACAGUACUACAAGCACCAGGAGUUCGAUAAUCACAUCAACUCAUACGACCAUGCUCACAAACAGAGACUGAAAGACCUGAAAGCGCGGGAAUUUGGCCGGAACGUCAGCUCCAAAUGGAGGAAGGAGGAGAAGAAGAGAGAGAAGGAGAUGAGGAGGCUGCAUGAGCUGGCAGAGCAGAGAGCUCAGGCAAAAAGAAGCGGUGGAUCAGCAGCAGGAGGGAUGUUCAAGAGCGGGUUUGUGGAAGUUGGAGGGUCAGACGGCUCGCCGAAGGAGAACCAAUCGUGGCACAGCGUUCCGCCCCCAGAACUUGACAACGACGACCUGACAGAUAACGAAGAGGUAGACAUGGACGUGCCAUCUCCUGAACCCGAGCCAACACCGAUGAUGGACACCCCAAUACCAGGACCUCCUGCGCCACCCCUUCCCCCCGAGCCACUCCCCCCACCCCCUGAGGAGGCCCCUCCUCCCCCACCACCUCCCGAAGAUGAGGAAGAAAUGAGGCAGAUAGAGACUUCUGCAAUGUCGCUGCUAGGAAAAGCUCUUGCCAAGAAAAGGCUGGAGACGUUCAGUAACAGCCAUCCUAACGGUGGCUCAAGUGUCGGACAAGGCGCAUCCAUGUCUCCCAAACCGGGAUUCUCCUUCAGUAUUGUAAAGAAGAAGGCGAGCACAAAGAUACAGCUGGCUUCUGUCUUUGGAGACAAUGCAGAAGAGAAUGGAGACGACAGUGAGGAGGAGAAUCCCACUGGUCAGAAGAAGAAAAUGUCUGCCCUGCCUCCUCCUACAGAAGUGCCAAAGAAGGAAAAAAAUGAAGAAGCUGAUAAGAAGGAUGAGAAAGAUGUGAGGAAAAGGAGAAGGGUGAAAAAGGAGGAAGAGGAUGAUGGAGAGAGGGAGUACUAUCAUUACUUCCCUCCUGCGCACUGUACGGUCAAGCCUCGCUGGCCCUUCAUGAUUUUCAUCAAAUCAAAUGAUCACAUCAUACUCAAUAAAGACACGGGCCUGGUUGAGACUGUCCGGAGGAAGAAAAAGAAAAACGGUGCCUACGAGCAGAAAUCUGACAACAAUAACGUUCUUGUAGACACAGAAGAAAGCAGCAACAAAGAACUUUUGGAAGAGUCAAGGACUCAGAAAUGUGAUGACACUGAUGUUGGAUGUGAGAAAAAUGACACAACUAUCAGCUCUGGUGAACAGGAGAUAGCUGUGCAUGUGAAACAGGAAUCAAAGGACACCAGUUACCAGCAUAGAGAAGUUACUACAUCAAACAGAAAUGGAAACAGCCUUUCAAAAAAUUCAAAUGGCUCUCAUCCAAGCUGCACAAUGAUUUCCAGGAAGCCAAGCCCUUUGAAAAAAGAGCUGUCUCAAGGAAUCCCUUCCAAGCUGGACAGUUCCUCAGAGGUCCCUGCCAAAGAAGGGAAGCCAAGCUUUGUUGAUGUUGUCAGCAAAGACGACACAGUCUUGCAGUGGCCGGCAGAGAUGAUCCACUUCACAAAGACUUCACCUGUCUUGUCCUACAGCUGUAAUCCUCUUCACUUUGAGUUUCGUGCACUGACCAAUGCAGGACCUGACAGUAGCCAGCACCCUGAAGAAGACACAACGCCACAUUCUGCAGAUCUUCAGUCCAUCAUCGAUGCCUUAUAUGAUCAGAAGGACUUCCGCUCGGACGGUUCCAACUCUCCAAGUGCUUUAAAUCGUGGUUGGUACCCUUACACUGAGCCUGGGUGGUGUAGUGACCAACAGGAGGAGUGGGCUGUAAGAAGUGUUCAGGUAAAGCGGAAUACAUCAAACAGGCAAAAACCUCCUGUCCCCCAUGCCUGGCCUUUAAAACCACCACCGAAUGUUGUCAAACCAUCUCAGCCCAAACCAGGCCUCACUGCUGCCAUUGCAGGAGGUUCUCCAAGUCUGUUGGUGCCUCAGCAAUUCAUUCCUAAGCAAAGGCCAAGCACAUCUCCCAAGAAAAGUUCAAACAAGGCUGGUACAGAAGACGUAGCACCUGCCUCCGGCAAUGGAAGCAGGGAUGAAGCUGUUGAUGGGGAAGGCAAGACGUCCAGCGGGGAUCGAAACAGCCACUCACAACAGGGAAACGGAAAUGGCAACAACAGGUCUUCCACUUCGCAGAAAAAUGGCAGCAACUCUUCCAAGGGCACUGUCGGGAAAAAUGGGAAGAAACAUCACAGUUCUGGGUCAGAAAGUUCUGAUGAUGGAAGGAAGAGGAGAAGAGAUGGGGAGGAGUUGAACAGGAAACAUGCCAAGAAAAGUAAAAAGAAGAAGGGCUCGAGGAGGCGGAAAUCACCCAGUGACACAGAUGAAAGUUCAGAUGAUGAAUGCCAAGAGAAGGUGCCUGCAAGGAAGAAGAAGCAGCAAAAGGGUAGUAGACACCGAGAAAGGCACAUAAAACUGCCAAGCCCGGAGUCAUCAUCAUCAGAGUCUGAGUCAGAUGUAGAAGAUGACAAUAUGUCCGUAGGGAGGGAUGAGAUCAGCUCUAGCAAUGAGCGACCAGAGAAAAAACACCAGAAGGGACAAAUAACCCAGGAGUCUGAAGCAUCUGAGUCUGAGGAGUCUCUGUACGAGGAAGAGAAGAAAAGCAGGAAAAGGAAGUACAAGAGAAAGGACAAAGUGGUCAAAGAGAAGACAUCAUCCAGGAAGGCGAAGAGGCCAAAAGUGGUUGUGGAAAAGGAUUCUUCAGAAAGUGGUUCGGAAUCAGAAUCUGAAGAGGAGGGAAAAGAAGAGGCUGUUCUACAAAGCCAAGCUAAACGAAGGGGUAAAGAAAGACACACAGCUAAGAUAAAGCAAAAGACUUCCGUUGACAACUCUGCCAAAAGUAAGAAAUCAAAGAAGAGCAGUAAGAAAAAGAAGCGAUCAAGAAAAACAGACUCUUCCCCACUGUCUGAGGAGGAUUCCUCGCAAGAUGAAACUAUGCAGCGAAAGCAUUCCCCUAAACAAGAAGUGCCUCAAAAUGUAGAAACAGUGUCAACCAGGAGAAACAAGAAGAAGAAAUCCCACAAACAGAAGGAAGAACCCCAGGAAGAUCCACCACACACCUCAUCACAUCAUGGUAGGUCCAGAGAGAAGAAGAAGGCAAAGAGAUCUCGAGAGCAAAGGAGUCCCUCAGAGGAAUCUAUUUCGGAAGAGGACAAAAACACUGAUAAAAGCAGGAGGCAAAGCACAAAGAAGAAGUCAAAGAAGGCCACGGAAGAAGAAGUUAAAACAGAGUCAGAUGGUUCCUCAGAGGAAAGUUCAGCAGCUGAAGCCUCGUCGCCAAGACCAAGGAAGUCUAAAAAAGCUAAAUCAAAGAAAGUCAAAACUGCAGAUUCGGCUGAUGAUAGUGAAGACACAGAAGAGGAUGAUUACUUUGGAGCAGCACUCCCCCCUACGCUUUCACAUAAGCAACACAGGUCAAAGAAACACCAGCAUAACACAGAGCAGGCAGACAAGCCAAAACACAAACACAAAAAGGGUACGACAAAGGAAGACAGCCAUCGCAUGGUCAGCAAACUGAUCAAAUCUAAGUGGGAAAGUCAUUCUGAAAGCUCAAGUGCCUCAGAAAAGUCUGGAACUGACGAGAGUGAGCCAGAGCAGAUGAGUAAGAACAAAAGCAAGAAAGCUUCCCCCACAAAAGCUGAUAAAAGUCCUCCAACACAGAAAGCCAAAGUUGCCCUUAAAACAGGAGGGAAACAUAAAGGAACGUCUUCCUCACCACUUGUUGCAGAAAGCAGCAGCCAAAAGUUACAGAGGAAGAAAGGAAGGGAAAAGUCUUCCAAAAAUGGUGAGAAGCAGGUUCACAGAAGAAAGAUACAGACAAAGUCUGAGUCAGAAAGCCAACAAGAAGACUCGGAAGACGAGAAACAUUCUCACAGCAGCAAAAUGUCAAGAAAAUCCAAAGAAGACACCAAAGAAGGUAGUAAGUCAUUGAAUAGAACAAGGUCCUCCUCAAGGAGCAGUCAGUCAUCUGAUGGGGGCAAAAAGUAUAGGGAGAAACACUCAGCAAAGGUGGAGCAUACUAAAGGAGGAAAGGACAAAGAGAGGUCAAGCCGUAAAAGUGAGGACACAGACAACAGCAGGGCAAGACGUCACAGCAACUCCAGUGAGUCCGAGUAUGGGAGGAAAAGUGAGAAGCACCAUCUAAAGGACAGGCUGGAAAGAACGCAAGUGAAGGGAAACUUUGUGACAAGGGAAGACAGGCCUUCAAGGAGGUCUGAAAACAAUUUUGAAAGAACGAAUGAAACCUCUGAGAGACAGAGCAGGAGUAGCAGGCACAGCCCGAGUGAGGAGAAGGAAAAACAUCAGUCAUAUCGGAAGUACUCCUCUUCAGAGUAUUCCAGCAAUGAAGGCAGUGGCUCUGACCAUGGAGGUAACAGGUGGAGAAGUAAGGAGGAUGAACGUCACGGCAGAAGAAACUAUUCCUACAACAGCUACUCUGAAAGGGAUGAAGGUUACAAACGACAGCCAAGGGACUACACAGACAGCUAUUCUUACAGCUCUGAAGAGCGACACAGGAGGUCGCGUGACAGGCACAGUGACAGGAGGAAUCGGAGGAGGCACACUCGCCAUUCAUCCUCAGACUACUCCACAUCAGGGGAACACAGUGACUACAACAAACAUCAUGCAAGGCGAGGACACAAACGGCACUACUCGGACAGUGAAGACAGGUACAGCUCAGACAGGAGCUACUCAAGACACUCACGAAAGUCUUCCCGCUACUCUCCAAGGAGAUCCAGAAGCAUCAACAAUAGACGCCCGAGUCGAGAGAACUCUGAAAAACGCGACGACUCAAGGAGCAGAGAAAGGGAUGACUCUCACCAUCAGGCAAACAGAAGUACUACGCUGUCCUCACAACAAACAAUCGAAGAUGUACCCGAGACAGUUUCAGUACCCACUACUCUGAUCAAGAGUGAACCCAACAGCAAAGAAGUUACAUCCCCAGUGGACAGACCUCACAACGAAGCCAUGGCAGCCAUCGCCAAACAGCUCCUCCAGAAGGCCAGGAACAAGAAAAGUGCCUCCGACGAAACGGCAGAUGCAGCCGUUCGGGCUGGGAUAAAGCUGAAGAACCCUCCUGCCGGCUACUUUGGUCCAAAAUUACCUCCAUCUCUGGAAAAGAAAGCCGUUCUUCCCAUCAUCGGGAAGAUUCCCCUUGUCAAGAAGAUGAUGAUAAAAAAGGAAGCUGUGUCACCAGUGACAGGGAAGAAGGAUGAUGUUGCUGAAGCCAUCUUUAAACUGGAAGAGCUUCCAACUGAAGAGAUGGCUGGAAACAGCUUCCUUCCUACUGAUGCCUCUGUCAUGGAUGCUUCUCGAGCUGAGGGAGGUGCCGGCAAGAUCUCCUUCACCAUGAACCAGACGCCAAGAAUCGUCCGACCAGACGUACGGAAGGAACCAAGCCAAGACGUCACAAAGGAGAACAAAGAGCAGGACAAGAAAGAAGAGAGUGUCGGCCAGGCCAAAGUUCCAGCUAUCUCACCUGAGGAGAUGGACAAAUACAGGAGGUUGCAGGAGCAGGCACAGCUGCACAUCCAGAAGCAGCUGGAACUCCAGCAGAAACAGAAGGAGCAGCAGCACGAGCGGCAGCAGCUGCACAACCCCCCACCACAGCCUCAGCAGCAGCCACAAGUCAUCUCACAACCCCCUUCAGCCCCUCCUCUCCCUCCACUCACUGCACCACCUUUUUCGUUCUCUGGGUACCAAGCCCCUCCUCCUCCCAUGUAUGUGUCCGCUUUACCCCCUGUCCCUGUACCUCCCCCUGGGUUCCUGCCCCCUCCUGUGCUCCCCCCUCCCCCGGGAAUGCCCUUCGGAGGCACCCUGCCCCCACCCAUGAGGCAUGCCCCCAUCCCAUUGCGCCAACCAAGGCUUGCCCUUACUAAAGACGAACCUCCCCCUCCUGGGACUUAAGUCAACUCUUCUCAUUACAGUUUCACAUAAAUCAUACAUGCUGCUCACUGAAUUACAAUAUGAGUUUUGAGUAUGUGUAUUUGGGAAAGCUUAACCAAGAACUGAAAUGCCCAGAAAUCCAUAUUUGAGUCCUUCAUUUACUGAUAUUCUUUAGUACUGACUAGUGCAUGUAUCACUUCACUGUUUGUAUUUCACCUACUCGGGCCAGUCUGGUAUCUGUCUGUUGAAAGUUUGUUUUGUUUGAUAUUUACUUUGAUAUUAGCUCUUAGACUUAAUAAGGUAUCCAUAUGCUAUGGUGCCCAUAUAUUUAAUAAGUACAGAUCACAAAUGAUGCUGAUACAAUACAGUACAAUAGAAUACAAUAGGUUUGGUUGCGUAAGGUUUGUUAAGGAGUUACUAACAUGUAUUACUAGUACUUGGCAACAAUUUGAAACUAU